AGGGUGACCUCCGCGGCUCUGGUGUGAGAGCAGUGAAGUUCCGAGCGCUGCUUCGUCCAUCUUCUGAGCCGCCAUGCUGAGCGCCACGUGCCGCAGGCUCGCCCCGGCGCUGCGGAGGCUCCGCGCACUGUCUGCAGUCGCCGGGAGGUUUCUGCAAGUGCCCGGGGCCAGGCUCUGCUCUGACCAGAGCGAGAGGGCUGAGCAGCCCCACACCUUCCACCCGGCGCUGCUGCAGUUCCUGGUGUGUCCGCUCUCCAAGAAGCCGCUUAGAUAUGAAGCAUCGACAAAUGAAUUGGUUAAUGAAGAGUUGGGAAUAGCAUAUCCAAUCAUUGAUGGGAUCCCUAAUAUGAUACCACAGGCAGCAAGGACCACACGUCAAAAUGAGAAGCAAGAAGAAGCUGAGCAACCCUAGACCCUGAUUGUUAAAAGCAUAAUUACUGAGUUCUCUUAAUUCUGUACACCUUUAACACAGGGAGGGAGAGUUGGGGUGGAACAGUAAUUCUGCCUCGGCCUGCUUGACUGUUCUUCCCCUGCCCUCUUUAGCAGGACUAUUCUGAUCUGCUUUUCUGGAGGAGAAUGUCCCACAGGGCUGCACCAGCACAGACCACAGACAGGCUUUGACUUUACAGUGUGCUUUUGCCAACCACCAUAGCAAUGUGUGUGUUCUCCCACCUUUGGAACCAGAAAGGUCUAAAACUCUUUAAGUGUAGUUAGUACAACCAUAGCCGGGACAGCACGUGGAUUAAUAAGAGAUCUGCAGCAACAUCUGUGAAAACUACAUAUAAACCCAUUUGAUUUAUAACAAGAUCUGUUUGUCUUAUUUCUCUCAGGCUUAGGACCAGGAAGCAGGCUAUGGAAGCUUUUUCAUGCAUGUUAUAGCCUUGUUUUUUGAAGAUUUCACUUACAACCACUGUCAGAGGAAGCAUUUCAGUCAUCAGCUGAGGCUUGCUUCAAAUCCCAUUCAUUUGAAAGCUGGUGAUUUCAAGUAUUGUUUAGUUUCAAGGUCAACGGUAAGCUUAAGUGCUAAGAAAAUUCUGACAUUGUAAACUUGCCUUCAGCACUUUGGUAUUUCAUGGUUACAUCAAUAAUAAAACAAGAUGCUCACAGUUUACCACCAAGCCCAGUUUGCAGUGGUGGAAGGAUGUCUGCUUGAAUGGAUGGUUUUAUCUCAAGAGUCUGAUAGGAAGAGAACAUGUGAAAAUAGUUUAUGUAACUACAUUUUCUAUACAGAGUCAUUUACUAUUCAAAAUAGAAUCGUUCUCCAGGGAGGUCCCUUCAGUAGGUAAAGUCCGGAGUGGGAAGCUGGUUAUAUCCUUUUAAGUUUAGUGUUUCAAAGUACACUCCAGUUUCUCUUGCCCUGGAAAAUGUGAAGAGUCCUCCGGCCUUUAACCUCAGUUUUCUAGAAGUGUAACAGAGCUGAUUGAGGAUGAUAUAGUAUCUACGUUAGAAACAGAGCCUGAGUUUCUCAGUCCUUCCCCUAAAGAAAUGCAAGAAUUGCUUAUAAAUUUAAUUGGUUGCACAUGCCCCGGCCCAACGCCUUGUGUAUGUUAGGCAAGUGUGUGACCACUGAAAUCCUCUCCCCCUGAUUUAUUAAUCUACUCUCUGUGUGGGGAAGAGCCAUAGCAUGGGGAAGUCACAGAACAGAUUGGUGGAGUUGAUUCUUUCCUUGCACCAUUGGGUGAUGGAGCCUCAAGUCAGGUGGCCAGGCUUGGUGGUGAGACCUUUAUCAUCCUAAUUGUCUCACUGGCCCUUAAUUGAUUCGUAAUGAGCUAGCCUCCUAGACUAGUUUAAUAAAAGAUGUACAUGAUUCUCCCUGGGAAAGAGAAAAUUAAAGCCUGUCAUACAUGUCUCCUAUUUUCAAUAUUAUUAAGUAUAAGUUGCAUUCUUAUAUUAUCCAGUGGCAACACAGAGCUGAACUAGAUCAUAGAGCUUCUCCAUUCCUGAAGUGGAGUUUUUAGCCCUGAAUUUCACAUUUAACCAACUGAAAGCUGUGGACAAUGUAAAUGAACAGUUUUGCCCUUAAAGCUAGUGUCAACCUGAUAAGUCAGUUGCAGCUUUUUUAACUUAAUCAUUUGAGCAGUUGUCUCUAAGGGAGCUCAGUAUUUAUUCUCUCAUCAAAGAAUCUACUUGUACAAAGAACCCUGGGUGCAGUUAUUGGCAUAGUACAGAGUCUUUAUUUUCAGAACCUGGAGAGGAGGUAAUAGCACAGUUUUACAGAUAGACAAACAAGCAUUUCAGUAUCGACUUGAGCCAGGGAGUUCCUCUGAAUCCCAGCACUUGAGAUGUGCAGCAGGAUGAGGAAGUCAGUCAAGGACAUCUUGAGCUAGAGAACUGUUUAUCAAAACUCUAAUGAAGCCCAUUGGGUCAGCAAGAAGACAAGUAAGAAAAGGAAGGUGUUUCAAUGGUAGGGGCAUUAAGAGGGUACUGGGACAAAAAUGAUCAGAAUACAUUUUAUGCAUGGAUAAAAUAUUCUAUUUUGCAUAAUUAAUAUGUUUACUCAGAAAAUAAUAGUAGAUGUGUCUUAGUUGGGGUUUCUAUUGCUGCCAUGAAAUAUGAUGAUCAAAAGCAAGUUGGGGAGGAAAGGGUUUAUUUGGCUUACAUUUCCAUCACAAUCAUCAAAGAAGGUCAGGACAAAAACCUCAAACAGGGCAGGAACCUGGAGGCAGGAGCUGAUAUAGAUGCUGCUCACUGGCUUGCUCUCAUGGUUAUGCUCAGUCUAACUACUUCCUUAUAGAACCCAGGACUAGAAUGGCAGGUCGUGUCUCAAUAGCACACUAGGCCAAGGCAGUUCCACAUGGAAGAGGUUUUAUUGGAAGGGAGAGACAAGGUAGUGGCAGAAAGAGAAGAUGGGAGAAAGAGAAUGAGAAAGGGGCAUUCUCCUUAUUUAUAUGGAAAAUGACGUAACACAGGUAAAGGUGAGAGGUGAGCCAAGUGGAUGCUAGAAAUAUUGGUGCCUGUUGGCAACCAAUCUGCAGGCCGCGCUGUCACCUAUGUGUGUUAUAGAUUUGGGAUGUCCUGAUGUCAACAACCAGCCUAUGGAUGGAACCACUCAAUGGGUUGGUCCCUACCCUAUUGAUCACUAAGAAAAUGCCCUACAGGUUUGCCGAGAGCCCAGUCUUAGGGAGGAAUUUUCUCAAUUGAGGUUCCUUCCUCUCAGAUGAUUUUAGCAUGUUUCAAGUUGACAAAAACUAUCCAGCACAAGGUAAUACCAGACACAUCUAGCUACCCACGUUUAUUGUUUUCUGUGAGUCUGAAUAAACUCUCAAGGGAACAGGACCCUUUCCCAAGAAUAAAGAUUUAAGCUAACCUAACAGAUAAUGGCUGUAGUAGUAGGCGCAAAAUAGCACGUUUGCCUUCAUGUUUAAUAAAAAUAGUUUACACUACUCACAUCAAGGAUUCAUUAUAUUUCCUCAAUAAUACUACGGUGUUUUUUUUUUUCAAAUGAUGGUUUUAUUGUUCCAAUAGUACGUGAUUUAAUGUUAUUUUUAGUAUUUUAUUUAUAAUUGUAAAAGUUGACUAAGAAAAGGUCAGCGAUACACAAUAUGUCCCAUGAAUUAAAAUUCCUGAAUAUUCUAUAUUUUCAUUCUUUGAGUCUACAAGGAGAUAAUAUGGGCCAUCCUUACCAGUUAUUUCCCAACCCAAACUAGCUCCUUUCAUCUUUGGUAGUCCAUCUUUUUAAUAGGAAGACCUCUGAGACUCAGGAAUUUAAGGUACUGUUGAUUGACGUGACCUCAGUGACUCCUGUUGUAGAAAUUAAAAAGGAGUAACAGUGAUAGGCUUAAGAAUACAUCAAAUUUAUAAGCAUAUGUGAGUAUAUUCCAUGAUAGUUUUUAAAGUAAAGUUUUUAAUUUUCACCAUUAGCACUUUUGAAAUAUUGCCAAUAGAAUUAACACCUGAUGCAAAGUACACAUUCCUGCUGCAAAGGGAGAAGGGUAUUUCUUGUUAUUGCAUUCAUCAGACUGUGGGAAAUCUCAAGGGUUCUUUUUGCCAUCAAAUAUUGCAUACCCACUAGACAACUGAUAAUAUGAUGAAGUGGUAAUCAAGGCAGAUGAACUUCAACCUAAACAGCUUAGAAAAAUCCUUGGUCUUGUACAUGUGUUCACUGGUGAGAAUGUUCUCUAAGUUAACUCCAAGAUGUGUGGCUGGUGUCUCAUUAAUGGCAUCCUUGUUUGUGUUUAAUGAGAGUCUUUAUUUUAUUUAUUUUGCUUCAUAAUUCUCAAUGUAAGAGAUACAUUUAAAUUCUCAUACACGUUAUGAAUGUGUCUGCAAGGUAUUCAGUGCUAGAAAAUAAGUGUUGCAAAAUGAUAGUUAUCAGAACAGCACAGGUUUAUGUCUACUUAGUGUCUGGGUUGCGCCAUGGAAGCUAAUUAUUUGUUUAUUCUCAUCCAGCAGUCCUAACCUGUGAGUUGUGACCUGCAUUAUGAUUCAUAGCAGUAGCAAAAUUAUAGUUUUGAAGUAGCAAUGAAAUAGAUUUAUGGUUUGGGGUCACUAACAUGAGGAACCAUGUCAAAGGGUCACAGCAUUAAGAGGUUGGACAUAAGGUUGAGAAGCACUGGUCUUAGGUAUAGAUACUGGCCCAGAUGUUUGGUAUCCACACUAACAUGGAACACUUGUCUUUUCUACCUUCAUAUCUGGUUCAGACAAAGUUCAGAAUUUCUCUUACAUUUUACUACAGUGGACACAUGAAAGAUGUUUAAUUCAGGAUUCUGGAUUUUAUUGUAGCUUGAUCACAGGGGAAGAAAUAUAAACGAUUUCAGGUAGAAUUGCUACAUGACUAAAACUGGAGGUCCAAAAAUGUUGCAUACCUUCUUUCCUUGUAAAAGGGGUGUGUGUGUGUGUGUGUGUGUGUGUGUGUGUGUGUGUGCUAUUAAAAUUUUACUUAUUAGCAAAAACAAAACAAAAAUCUACAAGCAAACAAACAAAAACAAAAACCUGCCUUAAAAUAGCAUUUACACAUUAGAUCAAAAUACAACAAUCCAGAAAGUUGGCCUAAGUCAGUUUUCUUCACUACUAAAUAACAUUCAUCUUCAUUUUGAGAAAAUUUCUGUUUACAAAGAAAAUAAGAACCAAAAUGUAUAGAUUCUAAUUCGUUAGGCUGUUAGUUUUUACUGUCUAAAGUACCAUAUACUUCAGUUAGGAGCAUUGAAACUUAAUGUUCUGUAGCACAAUAGGGUGACUAAACUUCAUGACAUUUUAUAAAGUACAAGAAAUAUCCUUAACAAAAUGUUUAUGGACAGGGCCAUUAGUCUCCUUAUUUGAUCAUAGUAUAAUGUGUACAUGUAUCAUGCCCUUUGAGUAUAUGUAAUUUUGUGUCAAUUUAAAAGACACCUUAUAUUUUAGUUUGUUACAUUAUAUUAUGAUUGCCUGCUUUUUAUCUUCUGUCUAGACAGUAAACUCUUGUUCCAAUUUU